CCUUUCAUGUCCCCUCGGUACCCUGGAGGUCCAAGGCCACCUUUAAGAAUACCCAAUCAGGCACUCGGAGGUGUCCCAGGAAGUCAGCCAUUAUUGCCUAGCGGGAUGGACCCAACACGGCAGCAAGGGCAUCCAAACAUGGGUGGGCCGAUGCAGAGAAUGACUCCUCCAAGAGGAAUGGUUCCGUUAGGACCACAGAACUAUGGAGGUGCAAUGAGACCCCCACUGAAUGCUUUAGGUGGCCCGGGGAUGCCUGGAAUGAACAUGGGUCCUGGGGGUGGUAGACCUUGGCCAAACCCAACCAAUGCCAAUUCU